AUGUUUGGCAGCAUCACAAACCAGACCAUCCAGUGCCCCAUCUGCCGUGUAGACGUUGACCGUAGAUCGCUCAUGACCGCCCCUCGCGCCAGUCGAUUCACAGUCGACCCAAACAAAGCCUUUCAGAUGAGUACCAAGAUGAAGCAUCUCAUGGACGGCUUAGACGCUCUCAUUCACAGGCGCAGGGCACGGGAUCCGAAUGCGGGCAAGGCCAUUGUGUUUUCGCAGUGGACGUCUAUGCUGGACUUGGUUGAGAUUCCCCUCAAG